UCCAGACAGUUUACACUCGUUUGAGAGGAAAUGUUGCCAAUACAAGAAGAACGCAAGUUCAUCUAAGUCGACUCGAGAACAAGAUCAAUACACAGCAUCAAGGUGUUGAUACAGUUUUUAAAUCAAUCAUUAUCGUAUAGUUACAACGUUAUAAACUACUAGCAUAUAACCUUAACCUCGCUGGAGAAAGGAAAGGAUACAACCUAGCUCGUAUGUAGCUCCACGACGCCAUUAUUGAUUUCAGAUUGGAGAAAUGUAGAGCGGCAUUGUGAAUGGAGAGUCGCAGCAUAAACCAUAUUAUUAAUUUGACAAGAAAAAAUUAAUAUUAUUGCUUAAAAAAGUGUUGGGAAGAUAAAUAAAACAGUUCAUUAAACUGGAAUUAAAUAUUUCGAUACUUUUGAUACCUCAGUGUGUGUGCAAUUCAAACAUAAAGAAAAAACUAAUUGUGAAACAGGACAAACAUACAUCUAAGUAUCGACAUACAAGUUAUCGACAGUGCUUUGAGUGAUAAGAAUAUAAAAUUAAAAUUGUGUAAAAUAUAACAUUUAUUUUGAAACACAGGAUAGUAAAUAAACAUUUGAUGAAUACGAUCAAAGAUCAAAGAUAAUUCAAUUAUCGUCAAAAAUGGAUUAUCCGCGUGAUUUCAUCAAGGAGUUUAUUCUACUGUACCGCAAAAACCGCUGCUUAUGGAAUCAAAAAUCGAUAUUUUACAGAAACAUAGAUCAUCGAGAACGUGCCUAUCAAAAUCUGGUAAAGAAAUUGAAAGAGGUAGAUGCGAGGGCGGAUCGUAAAAUGGUCACCCGCAAGAUCAACAUCUUAAGAACGUCCUUUAGACGAGAGUACAAAAAGAUCUGUUCUUUGCAAUCAGAAAAAUAUAUAUCUUCUCUGUGGUACUAUGAUCUUAUGAAAUUCUUGGCAGAGCAAAACGAACAGCAAAUCGAUGACCAAGACCAGAUACAGUUACACCAAGAUAUCAACAAUAAAGUAAACGCGUCAGCGACAAAAUUCAAAACAAAUAAUGAAAUAAACGGAACAGUCACGGAAGCCGAAACAAACAAAGAAAUACCAAUUGAGUGUACCAUCGAGAAAAUCGAGCCAUUGUCACUUCCUCCUUCGCCGAGCUCUCUGAUGAUGGACCUACCGACAGAAUUGGAAACAAAUCUACAGAGAAAGACGAACUGUAGUUUGGACAACGAAUCCGUAAUGACAGCCACGCCGAAGAAUGAAAUAUUGCAAGGAACCGAUUCAGAUAUGUUUCAGAGCUUCGGAAAUUAUGUGGCGGCGAAGCUGAGGAAUUCCAUGUCGCAACAGAGCAUCUUCGCUGAAAAGCUCAUCGCCGAUGUAUUGCAAAAGGCCGCACUUGGCACGCUCAAUGAGAAUACAUGCCUGAACGAUACAUUACAAUAUGUGAUGACCGAAUAACUUCGAUCUUUAUAUUAUUUUACUAUUUUAUAGAAAAUACAA